UACUGGCGCACACAACACGACGCACUUACAAUUACAAUAUAAAUUAUUAUAUUAUUAAAUAACAAGGAUUUGGACAGGAAAUGCAUCGAGCAAGAGCUGCACCUGUGUCCACGCCUUCCUACUCAAAUUUGGUUGGCUUUAUUUUCAUCUUUAAUCUAAUUGUUGGAACAGGAGCGCUAACACUUCCUGGCGUAUUUGCUAGGGCAGGAUGGGCUUUAAGUCUUGUAGUAAUAUUAUUGCUAGCAAUCAUCAGCUAUAUGACAGUUACCUUUGUUAUCGAAGCUAUGGCCUGUGCGAAUGCAAUUAAAAAUUGGCAAAAUCUACAAGUUUUACGGCGCAGUCGAAAUUCACAUUCUGAAAAUGAGAAUGAUCAAGAGAAUGAAGAACUUGAAACGGUUCCACUAAUGAAUUCAAGUACGGAGUUUCAAUACUAUCAAUUGACUCAUAAAUUCGAAUUAGGUGAAAUGGCCACAUUAUUUUUUAAUGACUUUGGACGUAUACUUUUCUACAUGUGCUUCAUUAUUUACCUGUAUGGAAACUUGAGUAUAUAUUCUGCAGCUGUUUCCAGAAGUUUGCGUGAUGUUAUAUGUGAACAUGAUCAUUCAAAUAGUUCUGACAUCUCGAUUUUGGAAUCGAAAUCUUUGUACGGAGCUGGCAAUUUCAAAUCGAAUGAAACCACGGCAUGCUGGAAGGAUCGUGAAAUUACGCGGUUAAGCAUGUACAGAUUAAUAUUAAUAGGAUUUAUCUCAAUAUUUGGACCUCUCGUACUAUUUGGAAUUCAGAAAACAAAAUAUUUGCAAAUGCUAACUGCUGCCUUUCGUUGGAUGGCAUUUACGUUUAUGAUUUGUAUUUCGAUAAAGUUACUUAUAACUGAUGGAGCUAAAGGUCAUCCUGUUCCCAUAAAUAUUUACGGAGUUCCACCAUUAUUUGGUGCUUGUGUUUAUUCAUUUAUGUGUCACCAUUCUUUGCCUGGUUUAUUGGCACCCCUCAGAAAUAAGUCAAAGGUGUCUCAAAUUCUUUCAUAUGAUUACAUUCUCAUUUGUAUGUUUUACAUUGUUUUAGCCAUGACUGGAAUUUUUGCCUUUAAGCACGUCGAAGAUCUUUAUACACUCAAUUUUCUACCAUAUCAAGUUGAAUCCAAAGACUUUUUAUCAGGUUUAUAUAUUGGCAUUGAUUACUUUCUGUCAUUAUUCCCAGUAUUUACAUUAUCCACUAGUUUUCCAGUUAUCGCUUUGACGCUGAAAAAUAACCUUCAAAUCCUGUUUUUGGAUAUGUCUCAAUAUGAAUCGUAUAAUAAGUUUAUACGCUUAAUAUUAUUCCCACUAAUGACAAUUCUACCAUCGUUUUGCGUGGCGUAUAUAACCGAUAGCCUUUCUACCCUGGUGGCAUUUACAGGAAGCUAUGCGGGUGCUGGUAUACAAUAUGUAAUACCCGUAUUUUUACUAUAUUUCUCAAGACGUACGUGUACGGAGCUUCUUGGAAGUGGUAUCACUAAUCAUUUUCAAAGUCCGUUCAAGUCGAAUGCUUGGCUUGCAUUAGUUUUAAUUUGGUCUGUCAUUUGCGUGAUUUUUGUAUCUAUUAAUUUAUUCUUUUAAAUAUUAUUACAGCCACUAAAAGUUAAGCCAAAUUGUUACCCAAGUGUUUAUAUCGGCUGUGAAAUAAUAUUUAACCUUUAAACAAUAAAUACUUCAGAUUAAAAAUAAUACGUUACUGUAAAAAUAUAAUGUCGAAUUUAGCCUGAACUUAAAUACAAUUGUAUGUUACUGUUUAAUCAAUUAAAUAGUUUGUUAUUAGGUUGUGAUCAUGACAACUUUUUUAUA